AUGCAAACUAUAAAGUGUGUAGUUGUGGGUGAUGGUGCUGUUGGCAAGGUUUUUGACAAUUAUGCAGUGACAGUGAUGAUUGGAGAUGAACCAUACACAUUGGGAUUAUUUGAUACAGCUGGUCAAGAGGAUUAUGAUCGCCUUCGUCCACUUUCUUAUCCUCAAACAGAUGUUUUUCUUGUUUGUUUUUCUGUAACUUCGCCAGCUUCAUUUGAAAAUGUUAAAGAAAAAUGGUUUCCGGAGGUUCAUCAUCAUUGUCCAGGAGUUCCAUGUUUAAUUGUUGGUACUCAAGUAGAUUUGCGUGAUGACCCUGGAGUGGUUGAAAGAUUAUCAAGACAAAAGAUGAGACCUGUAACUUCUGAACAAGGAGAAAGACUUGCCAGAGAAUUAGGUGCUGUAAAAUAUGUCGAGUGCUCGGCUUUGACACAAAAGGGUUUGAAAAAUGUUUUUGAUGAAGCAAUUGUUGCUGCUUUGGAGCCACCAGUAACUAAAAAAUCACGUAAAUGUUUGGUGCUGUAA